CUUCCACUCCCGAAAACACGUGAAAUAUACCUUUGUGCUCCACCAGUCCAAUAAUGAGUCAGCCAAACUACGGUUACCCCCAGCACGGACAGCAACAGCCUUACUAUAACCAGCAACCUGGAUAUUAUCCCCAGCCUCAGCAGCCGGGCUAUUACCCACAAGCGCCUCCUCAGACCGUCUAUGUGGAACGACCGCGAAGAGGUGGCAAUAACACCGGACUGUGCGCUGCUCUGCUAGCAGGUCUAUGCUGCGGAUGUUGUCUAGAUGAUUGCUGCGAUAAUGGCGGUUGCUGUGGUUGCUGCGAUUGCUGAUGGCCUUGCAUAUGAACGUACACAAUCAUAAUUUGAAUAUUAUUGUACAUUGACGCAUCCAAGUUUUUAUGUUUCAUUUGAAAUCUUGUAAUCUAUGCAUUUCUGACAUAUUGCCGGAGUCUUUGUACGUAUCUCAAGAUCUGUACAAUGAUAAUCAGGAGACAACUAUCAGCUGAUUCUAAAGUCAUCGACAUUCCAGUAUUUGUUUGGAUUUGUAUCGUUUUGUGGGUGUAUCUCAUCUAAAUGCUCUAUUCUUUGAUGAUUCACUUAUAACACUGACCAAUAUCCUACGCAUCAAGAUAAAAAGUCAAGAAAUUUUUGUCUUUACCUGACUGUGUGAUUCCUUAUCUCAGAGAAGUUCAUUAUUUAUUAAUCUUAUUCAAAAAUUCC